UGGCGAUCGUUCCUUGCAGCAUGCAGAAGUGACUGAGCGGUGGUGAAAAGCAGCCUAGCCGAUGGGUCAUGAGGAUGUAAGUGCGUCUGAAGGCUUCCACACCCUCCACUCCAGGACAGAAUCAUGAAUAAACUGGAGGCAACGCAGGACCAGAUGAUACCAUGAAGAGAAGCUUACAGGCCCUCUAUUGCCAACUGUUAAGCUUUCUCCUCACCUUGGCACUGACUGAAGCACUGGUACUGGCUGUCCAGGGAGCCUCCCCCCGGAAUUCUUCCCACAUCCUUCCCCCAGCGAGACCCCCAGGCACCAUGGUGACAGCCCCCCGCCCCAGCUCCGCUGGACACCCCUCAGUGACACCGGACCCCCGGCCUGAAGGGUCCUCCGCACAGGCUGCAGCCACCACGUGGACAGCACCCCAGCCAGACAGGCACCCUGCAGCCGGGACCACCGUCCCCACCACCAUCCUCCCCACUCCGGCCCCCCUGCCCACCAGGUCCCCUCCCAUUGCUGUGGCAACUGUACCCUCCUCCUCAGAGGCCCGCCCCCCCAGGAGGACCACCCCCAGCCACCCGCUGACCCAGCCCACCGGAGCCACCAGCCGCCCCUCCACAAUGUCCCCAAGGGGGCCCACGCGCAGGCCCCCCAGGCCCCCAGGCUCCCCAAGGAAGGGAGCCGGGGGUCUGUCGCGCCCUCUGCCCCCUGGUGGCCACCUCGGGAGGAAGGAAGGGCAGCGGGGGAGAAACCUGAGCGCCCCCUACCCGGGGCAGAAGCGGCCCCUGGGCAAAAUCUUCCAGAUCUACAAAGGCAACUUUACCAGAUCCGUGGAACCGGACCCCCCCUCCCCCCUCCCAUCCGGAACCCCAUUGUGGGGCACCUCCUCCUUGCCCCCACCCCAAGCCACGACCGUGACCACCCUGGAUCCCAGAAGUACCUCGUGGGCGCCUCCCACACCCUCCCCAGUGCCUGCAGAGGACGAGCUGGACCCACGCAGAGACCAGCAGGGGGGCACAGUCACCCCCACCAUCCCGGAGGAGCCCCCAGAUGCCAGUGUCGCCUCAGGGGUCCCUGCCAGCCCGCAGCCCACCCCAGUGCCUUCUCAGGACAGCCCCAGCGACUCUCGGCUCACUGGCACCCCUGGCACCCACAGAUACCCAUCUGCCAGCCCUGGGGUCCUCACAGCAGCCACAGAGCCCACCCCGGCUGCCUCCGUCUCAGCCCCUUCCCAGCAGAUUCCUCAGGGAGUGUCUGUCCCCCCGCAAUCCCCAGCCUGGCACCCCGGGGUGUCAGACAGGACUGUCCCUCCAGCCAGGCCCGAUGCCACGGCCUCGCCACCAGUGACCGACAGGGGGCCCAGCCCCCUGUCCACAACACCAUCCACAGCCACCGGGAAUUUCCUCAACCGCCUGGUGCCCGCGGGCACCUGGAAGCCUGGAACGGCAGGGAACAGCUCCCACGUGGCCGAAGGGGACAAAGCCCAGCCCAGAGCCACCGUCUGCCUGAGCAAGGUGGACAUCGCUUGGGUGAUCCUGACCAUCAGUGUCCCGAUUUCCUCCUGCUCCAUCUUGCUGACUGUGUGCUGCAUGAGGAGAAAGAAGAAAACGGCCAACCCCGAGAACAACCUGAGCUACUGGAACAACGCCAUCACCAUGGACUACUUCAACAGGCACGCCGUGGAGCUGCCCAGGGAGAUCCAGUCCUUGGAGACAUCAGAGGACCAGCUCUCGGAGCCCCGUUCCCCGGCCAACGGCGACUACAGGGACACUGGGAUGGUCCUUGUGAACCCCUUCUGUCAGGAAACGCUAUUUGUAGGAAACGAUCAAGUCUCUGAGAUCUAACUGCAACAGCCUUCGCUUUACCACUGCUUUAUUUUCGUCUCUAAAAUUAUAAAUAUACAAAUAUAUAUAUAUAUUAUAAACAUAACCUUUGUGUAAUCUUGACUUAAUGAGAAACAUUUUCAGCUUU